CAGGUGGACUUGUUGAAGCAUGGUAUACCUGAUCCGUCUUCAGUGUCGUUUUCGCAUCCGCAUGGCUCUAGUCUGAUCUCUGAAAAAGAAAACAAAGAUAAAAUUCUGGAAGUGGGAAAAGAGUAUAUGGCAGCGCCAGUUUUUGUGCAAACAAAACUGCGUGACAAAGAUGUUAAUCCGCAUAAUGCUGCACAACUAAGGAAGGCACUUCAACAGUGUUUUAACCCAUCAUCUUUUGUGAGGCUUAAAUGCCAAAAUGCAUCAAAGGAGAACAGCAUUUCCGCAAUCAAGAGUCAAAAUGAUGGCACAGAUUCUGCAGCACUAAAAUUGUUUCUAGUUCCAAGCAAGAAUAGAGAUGACUCCCCCUGGGCACAGUAUGAAAGCUACAUUUCUGUGAUUUGGAAGUUAAGGGAUGAGGUUCUAUCCAUGAGUGGCUCCUCGUUCUCGAGGACAGUGUCUGAGCGUGAUUGGUUGAAGAAUUCUGCUAAAAUAUGGGACAUGAUCAAGAAUUCUGCCGUCAUUGCAGACUACUGUAAAACGCUUCAAAGUUCGGGCAUGUUUAGAAGGUAGCUAUUUGAUUCUUGCCGUCUUCGCUGAAGGUUCAGAGACCCAUUUGUAGUUCAUAGCUGGCUUCGUGCCGCGGACCACUUUUUAAGUUUUUUGCUGUAAAAUCUGAUGUUUCUUCUGUUAAUUGAUAUGAUUAAACACCUGUUCACAACAGCCCCAUGGCUUAUUUUAUGGUGUUUGAUUAUACAUUGCGGGAAGAAUGGGGUGAAUACGUCAUCAUGUGCGUGUCAAUAAAAUUUUUUGGCCAACAA